AUGGCAUCUUCUUCUUCUUCUCCUCUUCCUCCCCCUCUUCUUUUCUCCUCCUCCUCCCCUUCUUCUUCUUCUCCUCCUCCUCCUCUUCUUCUUCUCCUCCCCCACUUCUUCUCCUCCCCCCUUCUUCUUCUUCUUCUUCUUCUUCCCUCCUCCCCUUUUUUUCCUCCCCUUUUCUUCUUCCUCCUCCUCCUCCCCUCUUCUUCUUCUUCUUCUUCUUCUUCGUCUUCUUCUUCUCCUUGUCCUCCUCCUCCCCUCUUCUUCUUUUUCUUCUUCUCCUCUUCCCCUCUUCUUCUUCUUCUUCUUCUUCUUCUUUAUGUCGUAAUUCUUCCCAGGAAUGGUGACGAUAGUUUUGCUUGGGCUUCACUAACAGAACAAAACAUUUCUUCUUCAGCAGUCGCCUUUAUAAAAUUCAUUGGCUUUUCUUCUUUCUUUCUUUUUCAACGCGAUUUUAUGUGUCAUUUUAAUAUCAUAAUUUAUCUAUCUAUCUAUCUCUCUAUAUCUAUCUAUCUAUCUAUCUAUUUAUCUAUGAAACAGACUGUCGCCGUUGGGUGA